AUGGUGAAACGGGUCGAGGGACCUCCCAAGCGCUUGGGACCCAUCAUUGAGCAGUUGAGCCAACUGAAUUUGGAGGACAUGUUGCAGGAGACGCCCAGUGAACAGGCAGUGCAUGCGUGGCUCAAAAGUCUCCUGGCGAAAGGGCAGGAAGGCCCCACAGAGACAGCUCUGCAGAGUGUUCCUCUGGAGCCGGCGGCGGCGCUGGCACUGCAGCGGUGUGGCCAGGCCGCGCUCUACUUCCGAGUUGAUGCAAGUGAAGAUACGAGUAACGACACAGUAGAACGUCGCUGCAUGAAGCGGUUCAAGAACGUCUUGGAAGCGAGAGUGACAGACCUUUGCACUAUGGACUUGCUGGUGCCUGGCAUUUGCACCGGCUUGAGAGCAGCUUUCGCAGGGAUUUAUCCAGGCGAGAUUGAGACCUUCGUGGCUCAAAGAGGCCAUGUGACAGGUUGGCAUACGGAUUUUCAGCACAACUUCACCUUCCAGCUGAGGGGAUCCAAGCGGUGGCGCUUCAAGCAGGGACCGGUGAAGAACAAUGUGCGGGCUUUGACGCCGCACUUUUUGACCAAAGCCAAUUUCGAACAGCAGAUGAAGCUUCACGUCACGUGCGAUCCAUCACAGCCUGACUUCAAGCCACCGGAGAGCUUCUUCGCAGAUGCUGAGGUGGUGGAUGUGACCGCUGGUGAUUUGCUCUAUCAUCCCGCAGGGAUUUGGCACCAUGUGGAGGUCACUGGAGACACCGAGAGUAUAUCGAUCAAUGUGUCCAUCUCUUGUGCUUCUUGGGCUGACUUGGUCGCCUGGCAGGAAGACGAGCAUCUCUUGUGGCCCAAGAACAUUUGA